AAGGGCGCCUGGACAGAUGAAGAAGACCAGUUGUUGAGAGAAGGAGUCAGCAAAUACCCAAACCAAUGGAGUAAAAUUGCCGAUAUGCUCGAAGGCAGAACAGAUGAUCAAUGCGCCAAACGAUGGAGAGAAAGUUUGGAUCCAAGUAUCGAUCGAUCAGAGUGGACAGCUGAAGAGGAUAAGAGACUAAUGGAAAAAUACGAAGAGUAUGGAUCACAGUGGCAAAAAAUUGCCUAUUUCUUUGAAGGUAGGCCAGGCCUACAUUGCAGAAAUCGAUGGAGAAAACUACAGAGGAUGAUGCAGAUGAAAAAAGACAAACAA